AUGAAGUUCGAAGAACUAAAAGUGGAACAACUCAAGAGAGAAUUGAGUAAGAUGGAGUUACCGACAGCCGGUAAUAAGGCAGAAUUGCAAAAGAGGCUAAUAGAUGAAUUCAAGCGGCGUGACAUUGACAUAGGUACAUACGAAUUCGAGUACAAAGAAGAAACUGAGAUAUGUACUCGCUCAACAACGAGCAACAUGGACUUAAACACAAUGUUUGCCGCUAUGAUGGAGAAAUUUGCUGAAGUUCAAGAAACUUCUAAGGCUGACAACGAGAAACUUCUUACUGACAACGAGAAACUUCGAGCUGAGGUUAAAGCUGAAGUAAAGGAAACUUUUAAACACUUAGCUGAAAUGGAAGCAAAAUUUCAGGAAAGUUCAAGAGCCACAGAAGAAAAAAUUCUAGAAGUGUCUGAGGUUAUUAAUAGCAGAGUAGAUGGCAUUGACAAAAAGGUGUCAGACUUAAAAACAAAGAUGAAUAAUCUGCAAUAUCAAGAAGGAGCUGUACGAAUCAUUCCAGAAACCUCGAGUAGAAUAAAAGCCCCUAGUUUUGAUGGCACCACACCUUUUAAUGUGUUCAAGUUCCAGUUUGAGACAGUUGCCAUCAGAAACAUGUGGAAUAAUGAAGAAAAAGCUAUAGAAUUGAUCUUAGCCUUAAAAGGAGGUGCUUCAAGUGCAGAAGACUUUGCAUUGGAAAUCGAGCUAUUGAUACAGCUUACUUAUCCAGGAGAACAUCACCCGUUUUUGGAUAUUUUCAAGAUAGAGGCAUUUGUAAAUGGCAUACGUGAUCCUGAGAUAAAACAUGCGGUUUGUGCCACACCAAAGCCAUCAUUCGCUGAAACUGUCUCAUUUGCGCUGGCACAAGAAACGGCUAAAAUAAUUUCAAAGCCACAAAUAUUCAAGGUACGAAAUGUCGAGGUUGUCGCUGAAAACGAAAGGAAUAUAGUCACUGAGAUAAAAGAGGCAGUUUUAGAGGCUUUAAAUGAGAAACAAAAUAAAGCCAAAAUCAAAUGCUAUAACUGUGGUAAAACCGGACAUAUUCAGCGAAACUGCAAAGCACAAAGAAAACGUACCAGAUCGGUCUCACCGCCAAGAAACAACCGACAGGUAAAUCAUCACUCAUCACAAGAAUCACCUUUAAAACGAGCUAGCACUGAGGGGCAAGAGCUAGCUCCCACAUCUGACGGCCCCACAAUCUCCAUAUCAGUAAUGCAGCAGAAAAAUAGUAAUCUAACUGCUGGUGGAUACAUCAAUGGUCGAAAGCACAUUUUUACUAUAGACACAGGAGCGUCGCAGUCUAUUAUUAGACCAGAUUUAGUUAAGAAAACAAUUGAACCACUAUGCGGGGUAAGAUUACGCACCGCCACUGGAGAGCCUGCCACUGUCUAUGGUAAAGUAAAUGCGAAAGUAAACAUUGCCAACAUAAGCGUAGAUCAUUUAUUUAUUGUUGCCGAUAUCGUGGAUGAGGUAAUCAUUGGUGCAGACUUCAUGAUUAUGCAUGGCAUUAAAUUACAUUUGGGACCAAAUGUUAUGAUUUGGCGAAAUGUUGAAAUACCUCUUGAUGUCGGAUAUCAAAGCAAGGCUGAGGUAAAAGAAAGCGUCAUCGAUGUUCGGCUAACCCAUAUAGAUUCCACUGAAGAUUGGUCUGAAGCGCAAAGGGAUGACCCCUUACUGGCAAAGAUAAUAUCGGCUAAAGAAGAAGGUAAAAGACCAGCCCGCAAUGAAAUAUCUGCAGAAAGUCCAUUAAUGAAAUCCUAUUGGGCUCUAUGGAAUAGUCUACAAGUGUUAAAUGGCUGCCUAUACCGAAUAUGGGAAAGUGCAGACGGAAAAACGGUGACAAAUCUAAUUGUGGUACCUGCCUCUAAAAUAAAUGAAGUAUUGAAAGAGUUCCAUGACGGUCCAAGUGGUGGACAUCUUGGUGGAAAAGCCGAUUGGAUUUCAAAUUGUCCACAAUGCAUAGCAGCCAAAGGUCCAGUAAGAAAAAGUCGUGGACGACUUCAGCAGUACAACUCAGGUGCGCCAUUUGAGAGGAUUGCAAUGGAUGUAGCAGGCCCUUUCCCUGUUAGUGAUGCCGGAAACCGUUAUGUUCUAGUGGUUAUGGAUUAUUUCAGCAAAUGGCCAGAGGUGUAUGCCAUUCCCAACCAGGAAGCUAAAACAGUCGUAGGUGUGUUUGUGAACAACUGGAUAUGUCGUUAUGGUGUACCAUUGGAGUUACAUUCGGACCAGGGCAGAAAUUUUGAAUACGCUGUGUUCAAAGAAAUGUGCGAUUUAUACGGAAUAAGAAAAACAAGAACAACUCCACUGCAUCCUCAAUCAGAUGGCAUGGUCGAAAGAUUCAAUCGCACACUGGAGGAAUAUUUGAGAAAAGUGGUUAGUGCACAUCAGAAGGACUGGGAUGAACACAUACCAAAAUUUCUGCUGGCCUACCGAACAGCCGUUCACGACUCCACCUCUCGAACACCUGCAAAAAUUAUUUUCGGAACAGAACUCAAGCUGCCUGGUGAUUUAGAAUUUGGUAUAAAGCCGUCAUCAAAAAGUAAGGAUGAUGAAAACUUUUCCCAAGAGCAAGAUGACCUUAAUGAACUUCAUGAAUUCGUGCGGAGACGAAUAAAAAUGACUAGUGAUAAAAUGAAGGCCAGAUACGAUCGAGCAGUAAAUUCUGAAGGAUUUACCGAAGGCCAGCUAGUACUACUGUAUAGCCCACAACGUAAAAAAGGUUUAUCCCCUAAACUGCAAACUCACUGGGAAGGACCGUAUGUGGUGAUUAAGAAAUUAAACGACGUAGUCUACCGAAUACAGAAAUAUAAGAGCCCGAGAAGCAAAAUGAAGGUUGUACACCUAGAACGACUAGCUGCCUAUGGGAAAGGUGAAUCUGUGCCUAUUCGGGACGAACAGGCUUAAGCGGGGGACAGUGUUACGAAAU